UUGCCCGAGCAUUGACACCGCAGCAGGUUGCCGUGUUGCUUUUAUGUUGUGGAUAUCGGACUGAUUCCGCGGUGGUCGACUUUUUUUGUGGGCGAAAAGGAGGUUACUUUUCUGGGGAAGUGGUGGACCACGCUGACCAUGGCCUCCAACUUCAAUGAUAUAGUGAAACAGGGAUACGUGCGGAUACGGAGUAAGAAACUAGGGAUCUUCAGGAGGUGUUGGCUGAUGUUUAAGAAGGCGUCCAGUAAAGGCCCAAGGCGGUUAGAGAAAUACCCAGACGAGAAGGCAGCAUACUCCCAGAGCUUUCACAAGAUCACAGAGCUCCGCAGCAUCAAGAACAUUACACGGAUGCCGAGGGAGACCAAGAAACACGCCGUGGCAAUCGUGUUUUACGACGAGACGUCCAAGACGUUUGCCUGUGAGUCAGAGCUGGAUGCAGAGGAGUGGUGGAAGCUACUGUGUGUGGAGUGUCUAGGAAGCUGUCUGAACGACAUCAGCCUGGGAGAACCAGACCUGUUAGCAACGGGGGUGCAGCGGGAGCAGAACGAGCGGUUCAACGUGUACCUGAUGCCCACUCCCAACCUGGACAUCUACGGGGAGUGUACGAUGCAGAUCACACAUGAGAACAUCUACCUGUGGGACAUCCACAACGCCCGCGUCAAACUGAUCAUGUGGCCCCUCAACUCACUGAGGAGAUACGGACGAGACUCCACCUGGUUCACUUUCGAGUCAGGAAGGAUGUGUGACACAGGGGAGGGUCUGUUUACGUUCCAGACGCGGGAGGGAGAGAUGAUGUACCAGAGAGUCCACUCAGCCACCCUGUCCAUCGCACAGCAACAUGAGAGGAUGAUGGAGGAGAAGACUUCACAGACACACUCCAACCAGACAACGUUAACCAAGUCCAUCUCCCUGCCUCGCAGUGCCUACUGGCAUCACAUAAUGCGCCAGAACAGUGUUGGAGACAUCUACAGCUACCAAGGUACUAGCCUGACGAUGACCCUGAUGACCCGAGCACAGACCUUCCCCAGCUUCCUCUCUGGAAGGACAGAAGAAGAGCAGUCCUCUCAGCACAAGGAAGAGGCACUAUCCCCCUCUAGUGGCUACAGCUCAAACUGCAGCCAGGGCAAGGCAGCUCUAACCAACAUCUCCAAUCUCGUCUCAUUGAUUGGACUCCAGACCUUGCACCUCGUCCUCCAGCCACUGAAUGAAGUGCCUUGUGAUGCAUGCAGACUGCAGCGUGACACUACUGUACCAGACAGAGGCCUCUGUCUCUGGGUCUGUGUUUGUCAUUGGUAGCGAUGAUUACGGUACAUAUCUGGAGCAAGACAUUCUGAAAAUAGUCUUGUCAAUUUGUAUUACAUUAUUUUUUUAAAGUCUUGUCACUAUCUGAGAAAUGAUACAGUUUCCACCAAUUCACAGUUUCCAAGAACACAAAUUCAAUGUUCACAAGAAAAGACCAUCUGUUUAUUGAGGUACUCAGAUGAGCAUAUUUGUCCAGAACUGUUUAUCCUAUUAAUUAUUUUGUCGAGGUUCGAUUAUUUAUUUUCAUAGCGGUAGAUAUGUUUAUAUGGAAUCCCAAAAACGUCCAAGGCACGGUAUAAAACAAUAACCAUGAAUAUCAUGUAUUUAGAUCACACAAUUAGCAUGUUUGUUUAGUUCUACUUAACACAUGUGUGAAUUAAUUUAAACCUCAACGUUGGUUGGAUUAACAAAGAAUGUGCCCUUCUACGAAAGGUUCUCGUUUAUCUAUUUGUUACGAUGGUAAAACUGUGUAAAACUGUAAAGGGAUGAAUCAGUUCCAUUUAGUUUGGAGUAUUUAUAGGACUAUGGUAAGAAGACAAAGUAUUUCUAGGAUGUUCUGUGACAUUCGUCAUUUUCUGUUUUCCACGUUACAUUUCCUUCUCCUGUUGUUUAUGUCAGCCAUCUUGUUUUAAUAAAGUUGAGGAAUACACAGGAGGUUGAGGAAUACACAGGAGGUUGAGGUAUACACAGGAGGUUGAGGAAUACACAGGAGGUUGAGGAAUACACAGGAGGUUGAGGAAUACACAGGAGGUUGAGGAAUACCCAGGAGGUUGAGGAAUACCCAGGAGGUUGAGGAAUACCCAGGAGGUUGAGGAAUACCCAGGGGUUGAGGAAUACCCAGGGGGUUGAGGAAUACCCAGGGGGUUGAGGAAUACCCAGGGGGUUGAGGAAUACCCAGGGGGUUGAAGAAUACCAAGGAGGUUGAGGAAUACCCAGGAGGUUGAGGAAUACCCAGGAGGGUGAGGAAUACCCAGGAGGGUGAGGAAUACCCAGGGGGUUGAGGAAUACCCAGGAGGUUGAGGAAUACCCAGGAGGUUGAGGAAUACCCAGGAGGGUGAGGAAUACCCAGGAGGUUGAGGAAUACCCAGGGGGUUGAGGAAUACCCAGGAGGUUUUUGGUCAGGCACUA